CCGAGCCCUCGAGAUCCUCGUGGGUACCUUUUUUUUCUUUACCUCUUUCUCUAUAUAUACAUGGCUCCUUCCCCUCCAAAUUAAUCUGUGCUUCUCUUUGCUUUCAUCCAUAUCUGUUGAUCUUUCAUUUUUAAUGGUCAUGAACAUGAAGGAAGAAGUUGGAGCCGACGUUGGUAAGCCUCUACCGGCCGUUCGAUAUCUGGGGAUUCGCAGACCCCGUUCCGACCGCCUCCUCCUCCAUCGCCUCCAUCAAAACAUUCUCUACUUGAAACUCAGAUCUCUGCUUCCGGUUUCCGAUGGCCGCAAGCCCUCGGAAGUGCUUCCGGCUCCCGGUGAGCUACCUCGGGGUGUUUUCUCCAACGAUGAAAGUAAAGGAGAAAGACGAGGGCCGUGCUUGUUGGAGACUAAGGAAAGCAACGGCAGCUGCAACGAGGAGGAGGUUGACGACGACGGCGACAACAAUAGUUUUAUAGAGAACAGUGAAGAAGAAGAAGCAAGACUCGAAGAUUUCGUGCCAACCAUCAAAGUGAGAAAGAUGGCCGGCUCAUUGCUUAUCAGCACAGUGAUUCAAAAGGAAGUGGCUCUCUCCUCCAACCUUUUUCGUCUGCUUGAGAAUGAAGACCUCAGCAUAAUCUUUGAGCAUCAAUAUCGAACAAAAACAAAAGUUUGCCACACAAUUCGGGUGAGAGUGCCCCCCGAAAUGGACAUUGAUGCUUUCAAAGCCAAGCUUGAGGCGUGGGGAGCUGGAAAGGAGCCAUGUUAGAGUGAUGGAAAUUUAACAAAUUGGCCCUGAAUCUCUCUCACUGUCGCUCUUUGGUGACCUCUUUUAUAUUGACUGCUUUUUCAUUGCUUAUUUGCUGUAUGGAAUAGUAUCUUAUUAACGAAUGUCGGUACUUUAUUAGAUUA